AUAAGUGUGGGUAUGAUUUCGAUCUCUUAAAGACUUUCAUUCAUUGCUGAGGCAGUAUUUAAGAAAAGCAGCAGUAGCUGUUUCUACUCUGUGUUAAAUGAGAAGGAGUUGUAGAGAGCAAAAUAACCAAUCAGAAGAUUGAGUGUUACAAACCUACCAGAUAAAAUAUACAGUUUAAAUAUCAAUAUAAGAAAUAGGAGACAGGAGGAACGAGUGUUAAGUUUUUCUGUACAAUAUUUUUUUCUUAAAUAUAAAUUGAUUAGAAGACUUUUGGAUUACUAAGAGCUAAUAAUAUUUGGACCAAUAUAUAUAUAUAUAUAUGUAUAUAUAUAUUGUAUGGAUAAAAUAUUGCCACAUUAUUUGAAAACUACAACUGAGGUAGAAUACACAGUACUGAUUGCUGAUAUUGAGUGAUGCCACCCACGGCAGAUAAUGCGAUAAUCGGCUUUCGUACCUCAGUAUCUCUAUUGUCGUCGGAUCAGGUUAACAAACAGCACAGGCAGGACAGUAUGCGGGAUAUCGGAAUGAUGUCUGGUGAUAACCCACAACAUGAUCACAGCUUCUCCUCCCAGGAAAAUAUACCACAGCAGCAGAAAAACUCCAAAUAUGACUUCUUUUACAAGGAAACUUGUCUGUACUCUCAUAAAGUUUAUUUGAACGCCGCAAAAGUGUUCUGUUCAUUAAAACAUGAAACGAAAGAGGAACAAGAAAACCCAUACUACCAGCGGCAAAGGGUCAGUAUGGCCAACAUGAAUGGACAUUCUUCUUCAACAAAAGUGGCAAUACAGGACUUGAACUUCGAAGAUGAUAAUGAAAAACGACUCACAUUUCAACUGGCAUAUGAAACUUUGAAGUAUCAAAGAGUGUUUGAAGAUUUACUACAAGAGUGUUCAUUUUUCGUACAUUUUCCUGAGUGCAAAGAAGAUGAAUCGCUGGUGUAUGUGGUGCUAUGGGAUUACCAGAAUCGCAAAUUUCAAGCCCGGACUCCCUUUAAUGGUGAGGUGCUUGACUCUAGUGUGCAGGCAGUGGAAUCAGCAAUACUUGAAUACAAGACAAAACUCAAUGCUUCUCUGGCACGCCACCGGAUCAAGGCAGCCGCUCCUUCCAUCGAAUUCCUGUUACCGGAUAAAGUUCGAAGCAAGGACCACGUGCAGUGUAAGAUGCCAGUAUACGUUUGGGUUAACCAGCUUAAAACAACAGUCAAUGAAGUGAUAGAAGAAUUGAAAGACUCUCACUACUCACUUAUCUCCCCUGAUGAAAUGCUAGAGGGUCGCGUUGUUUACGUGGACAGCCACUGCUCUGACAUGCUUGUUCUGCCAUCCGAAAGUAGAGAGUUUAUACAAGAACAUCAAUUACUCUCCUCGGGACACAUUGUCAUGCAGGACAAGUCCAGCUGUAUAGCCCCACAGUCCAUCAAGUACCUGAUAGGGGAUGAUGAUGAUGUCAUCCAUAUUAAUGCAGGGUCUGGUGUAAUCACUGCGCACCUUGCAAGCAUAAUGCACAAGUCCUCAGGCCACAUACAUGCAUUUGGGGCCAACCCAACCUUGCUGCAAGCCAAUUUGGAAAAGCUUGGUGCAAGACACAUAAAAGUACAGCAAGAGCCAUUUCUAGAUGUUGAAACCGAUGACAACAAGUUCAAAAAUGUCAAGGUUGUCUUGGUGACUGCUGACUGCAGCAAAUCAGGAAUCACCAACCCUAUAGACUUUGUGGUCAAUGAGGGAGAAGAUAUGAAAAUUCUGAAGUACCUGUCAGUGGGUGAAACUGAUGAUAGCAAGCUGGGUGAAAUGAUAGCCAGCCAUGGUGCUCUCCUGAAACAUGCCAUGAAAUUAAGUAAAGUUCAAGCCAUUGUGUAUAUGACACGGUCAGUGAAUGAAUCAGAGAAUGAAAAUGUCGUGUCUAAGUCCACAGAGCAGGUAAAUCUAAUGCAGCAGCGCAAGUUUCCUUGGAGAGUUGUUCCCCCUGUCCUGCCUUUCAGCGGGAAUGAUAUAGAGAGAAGUAUUGGGAUAACUGGCAAGUUUAUCAAGUUUUCCCCUUCUGAAAGGAACUGUGGAUGCUUUGUGGCUGUCAUUACCAGAGAGCCUGAAGACAUAAAAGAGGCUCACAAAGAUGUUUUAGAGAGGGCAAGAGCUCGUGGGCUCCUUGGUGGCAAAAAGAAGUCUAAAAAGCCUAGUGAGGAGGAGGUAGAGGAGGCAGAGGACAGCCCAGGGGAGGAUGACAAGCUGUUGGAACGACGGGUGAAACGGGCUCCCCGAAAAUUGCGCCAAGCUAAUUCAUUUCCGCUUAAUUUGCCCCACUAUAACAAGCCGUCUGCUUCAAGUAUUGUCAGAUCUCAGAUUUAUGCAAAGCCAAAAGGAGUCCAACGUGCGACGAGGUCGACUCCUGCUAUAAACCACAAAGGUCACAUUCAGAGAGUCAAAGAGCUUGCAAACCCUCACGAAAAGAAGGAAAAGAAUCCUGUUGUUGCGGAGCAUGUGAAGGUCGUAAAACACCCAGCUCCGUUCAGUUUUGCUGUAUGACAUGAUUUUAAUCAGAGCUUUAAAGAACAUAGGACGAGGCGCCAAUGAGUCAAUGAAGAAGUCCUCCGUCUCUCUUCCUGCCAUGCAUUUACUGUGAUACACAUUUCUGUCUCAUACGUACUUGUUUGUUUAAACCCUUUGUGAUUAAUAAACUGUAAAACUUAACUGCUGAAAUAAUAUAAUUUAACUGCUGAAAUAAUUCUGUGCAUUUAUAGGAAACGGAGGCGUGUUAUUAAAAGCGAAACUGUAAGUUCCAAAAACAUGUUGUAGUUGUAUGGAAUGAGAACUGUUCGCUCACAAUGUGUCUUAUAUCGUGUGCAAUUUGUCUUUAAUAUUUUGUUCGUACAUGUAUUGUGAUCAGUCAAACAACCUAUUCACCACAAGCUUUGAAAAACAUUGCGUUCACAUUUAAAUGAUGACAUCAUGACAUUGUUUAGCAGAUUUUGUUUAUAAAUAUGUUUUUAAAAUGCCUUUGCUCUCUUUACAAUUUUUCAUGACCAGUAUCACAAGAGGUCAUCAAUCUGUCUGUCAAAUGAGGUCAAAGGUAUCUCAUGUUAUUCAGUGGUCAUGUUAUUUCAUAUCAGAGUACUUCUCAAAACAUUUUUCACAUAUUUAUAUAUAUUUAUUUUCACUAUUUUAGUUGAUCAAAAUAUAUAUACAGUCAAACCCCGCUGGCUCGGCCCAGGGACCGGCGAAAAUACAACGCGCCUCGGAAAAUUCGAGCCAAACGGGAAUGCUUACCUUUAGUAUUCAGAAAUCGGUCCUUUAUAUCCAGUUCGAGCCCAAAGAGGAAUUCGAACCAAGCGAGUUCGAGCCAUCGGUGUUCGACUGUAUAUUAAUUACAUUGUUGUUGCAAACUAUUGAAGUGAAUGACAUUGAUUUUGGUCAAUAAAUGUCGAUUAACGGGAUUUAAACUCAUUUGAGUUGGGAAAGUAUAAUAAAUUGCCUGUCAGAUUUCAACAUAGUGCACUACAUAUCAUAUAAUAACUGUCGGCUUGGUAUGAGACCUAACACGGCAGAAGUGGCCGUAUAGUAAACUAUAUAAUAAAUAUAUUGCUGGAAAUGUUAGCUUUAUUUGCCCUGAUCACUUAGUGUUAUCUCAUGCAUUGUCAGCGUUCACUCGUUAUUCAGGACUAUUAUGGGUAUGCUAUUGCAUUUUAUACAACAUGCUGAUGCAUUUAUCUUAAUUUAAUUUUUUAAAGAAAAGACAAGCAUAGGACUACAUGCACUUAAACUGCCUGCAUUUCAUUUUAGUAUAUAAAGAAAAGUAUAAGUGUUGUCAUAGCCUUGGUGUCAUCGAUGGCUGCGUAGUCUGUGUCCUCAUUACCAUGCAACGAUGUAAAAGGUUGGCCAACUCAUUGACUGUUCAAGAUAUAUGAUGUGAGAUGAAACCAGUGGUACACAUGUUUCCCUACGACAGUUCACUCAUGCGGAGGAAGUUGGGCUAAACUAUAGUUGUUCCCCAAGGCUCCUUGAUUGACAGAAGAAGGGACUAGCGUUGGCUUCCCCUUGCAAUGCUUCAGUCCAUCACAAUGUUUUGUUCAUGUCAUGCAUAUGCACGUGCUUUUGUAUUCCGUUCUCUUUUAAAUAAAACCCAGUUACAUUACAGAGCAUGUCCAUGCUUUAACAGAACUAAUACAAUAAAGGGUUCAAUUGUUAUGAAAAUAUAUAAACUUGUAUACAAAUUCAAACAAACACUUAUUGCGUGUGAUAUAUUUUUUAGGUUAAAUGUAUAUUUGUUACUUGUUAAAUUUGUUGUAUGAGUAAAUGGAUUUGUUGUGUUAGAUAAAGUUAAUGAAAUAAUCAGUUA